UACAGCUGAUAGAGGAUUCGUGCGUCAGUGAACUAUCCGCGUAAAGGAAAACUGCAGCAAGGAAAAGCAGGACUGUGGAGCCCAGCUUCCUUCAGACGUCAUCUCCAGCCUGUCGGCGAUAAUGGAUCCUCAUGACGAGCAGAGAGACACAAGAAAUGAGCUGAACUCCAGCACAGACGCUACCGACAGAGGCAACGCGGCAGGUGUGUGCGCACAGGGUCGGACACCUGCACCGGACAGCAGAAGUCCACAGACUGCCCCGCAGCCACGGCACUCAGAUGGAUUCACCAUGAUCCCUCCAAAUGAAUCUCAACGACGCAAGAUGAAAAUGAUGGCUCAGAAAGAAGUGGAGGACCUGCAGAGAUGGAGAGAGGCAAACAGAGCCACCUCUGUGCACCUGACGCCAGAAAGACUGGGUGGAAAUGCAACAUUGGCUGAAGCCAGACAGAAGCAGUUUACAGACCUCCGCUGCUCCAAGCUGCAGAAGAAGCUGAGAAAGGAGGAGUUGGACAAGAGGAGGAGACAAGAAGAGGAGGAGGAGUUGCAGAAGAUGAAAGCAGAAAGGAGGGAGAUGGCCGAGCGCCUGGAAGAAAGGAGGCGACAAGAGGAGCAGAGGAGGGGGGAGCAGCUCAAGCAGGAUCACCUCAGGAGGACUGAGAGUUUCAUGCAGAAGUUGGAGAGGAGAGCCCCAGGUCCACUGGCAUCUGGCCGUGCCACACAUACGUCAUCUGGGAGAGAAGAGUCAAAAAGUCUGGGAGAAGUACAGCUGGAACACAAGAGGAUGAACUCAGCCUUUCUGGACAAACUCGAAGGUCGAAGCAGAAGGACUGAGAAAGAGACAAAGGAGGAAGGUGUUCAGGAAGCGGAGCAUCCCUGUUUAGCCUCUGAAGACUUAAAACACAAGCCGUUCAUCUCCCCUGGACAACAAUUUCCCCUCACUCACCUCGCUCGCGACACAUAUCCAGAACAGAGCUGCUCUGGCUGGACAGAGGAAGAUGACCUGGAGCCUGACCAUGACUGGGCCUUGAUGAAACUGACAAACAGCUUUCCAGCCUGCUCUCGAGGCUUCCUGGAGGACAUCCUCUACCAGUGCAACAGCGAUUUCGAGAAGGCCUACACACUACUCAUCUGCACGCUCAAUUGAAUUUUAUUAUCUUUAAUGGGAAGACUGUCUUUCCCUUUGUAUUGUGUUUGACAUUUUAGGAGUUGGUCCAAAAAAAAAUGCAUAACCAGUGAUCAGAUGAUAAAGAAUAGGGAGAAGUAAGUUAGCUACCUUGUUGGUGGAUGAAUGUAAAUAGCUAUGCUGACUGCACCACGCAACUGCAUUAAAAUAUGGACAGAGCAUUAUGUGUUUCUUGUAAUCUGCUUUUGAUUAUGCCAUUAAUCACUGAGACUUUGGUGUCUUGUAUCUGUCUGCAUGAAGUAGUGAGUCAUGUCGGGUUUCUGCCCUGACAUGGACUUGAAUUGAUGUUCAUUUUCACCAGUUUAGUUGAAGGUCAUCGCCAUGACUCAUAAUCUUCAGAUCAUAUUUGGGGCUCCUAAUUAAAUCAGUGUGUGCACAUGGAAGAAAGCUCUACCCAAAUACAUGAUGCUUUUUGUUUGUAUUAUAAUCAAAGUUGCAUGUGAUGUAGGAUUCUUAAGGACAACAAGAGAUGCAAAUCCAAAUAGGAUUUUCCCUAGAAAGGCCUUUUAUGAUCAGUUUCAGUUCAAAGUCACUGCAGCUUUAAAGGAUUUCAAUAAAACACCUCUG